UAUUUUUAUUAUAAUUAUUACGUUAAGAUAUUAUGUUUUGGUCUCUGGUUUUUUAAUCUUAUUCUUCCUCUGCACUUAGCUCUUCCUCUGCUCUGGUUUGUAAAGCUUCGGAUUCCGGCGAACUGAUGUGCACCGAAAACAUUUUGUGGUUCAGCAAAAUGUCCGAAUUUCGAGUCGAAAUCAGAGACCCAGAAAGCAAAUCGACCUACCUGAAUCAGGUUUGGGAAGGGAACCUAGUCGUUAACCUACCGGACUGAAUAAAGCCCCAAUCCAAAACCUUAAGAGACCGUACCAGACGACCUUGCAGAAAGAGCCAUCUUUUACAGACCAGCGAAUUGGCGUUAGGAUUCUAAGAAGGAUUUUGUAGGUUGAUUUGGUUUCCACCAUUCACAUCGCGGACAAAGAGUACUUUAAGACCCUUCAGGAGGAACUUGAGUCCUAUGCUAUGAUUGUGUCCUUUAUGAUGCUUAUCUUUCAGAUGGAAAAAGGUGAAAGCUUUUUCUCCUUUGCAACAGAUAUGACUCUUAAAUCCACAAAAGCUAUGAUUGAUAUUGUUAUUGCUAGAGCAAAAGGGGUCUGUGGCUAUUGCUAGAGCAAAAGGGGUUCCACAGCAUAAUCAAAACAAUGUUAACCUUACCCCAUUUUCUCAUAAACGAGCUCCCUGAUGAGCCUGUCACUUGCUGAUCCAAAAACUCGAGUUGAUCGUCAAUUGCAGGUAUUUCCAUGGCUGAAUUUGAUAGAAUGACUGAAUUUAGGCUAUAAUUUUAGGUAAUAUACAUUAACAAUCUUUGCCCAAUUCGAAUAUAUUUGUGUGAUAUUAGGAAUAGUUGUGGUUAUAUGUAGAAACAGCUACACACACUUGCAAUAAAGAGAUUGAAAGAAUAGGAUUAACACUUUCAGUUGAUAUUUUGGGUGUUUUUAUUUUCAUGUAGCUUCUAACAAAAUUGAGAAUUGAAUCAACUUUAAUUACUAUAUUAUUAGUUCUGUUUCAGCUAUGUAGAGGUUCAUAUCAUUGAGAUUUUGAAUAUUAUAUAUGAAUUUAAGGUGAUAUUAAAUAUUUUUAGGCUUCAAAUUAGAUUAAAAAAAUUAUGAAAUUUGUGGCUUUUCUCUUGGUACACUAUGUUUGAUUUUAAAAGCUCUGACCAUCUAACUCUUAAAAUAGCAAGUCAAGUUUAAAUUUGUGCAAUAAAGUCUUCAUAGAUUCUUAAGUAGCUUUGCUUGUUUGAAUUUCAUUGUACCCUUUUGUUUUGUUUGGGAAUAAUAAGACAUAAAGUUAUAAUAAAUUAUAUUAUGGGGUUAAAGUAGUCUGAGAUUUUAAUAAUAAUUUUCUUGUUGAGAGUGUACUUGUUAAAUGACACAUAAUUUAACUAGAUUAAGGCUCAAUCAGCACUGAGCCUUUCUCACCAUGCAGAGUACAGCACAUUUAUAGCGAAUGAGCACCAGAAAGAAAGAAUAUAUGGUUAUGAAAUUACCAAAAUACCCUUGUUCACUUCUUUAAACCAAAGUCUAAAAGCGCCACUUUUUCACACUACACAGUACACACACAACCAUUUUUGUUGAUUCUUCUUCUUCUUUCUAUCUCUGAUUAAUGAGUGAGUAAAGCUUUAGAGAGAGAGAGAGAGAGAAAGAGAAGAAUGGAGAAGGCUCUGACAAAAGUGGGUAGCUUAAAAGUUGGAAGCUUAUGGAUUUCAAAGAAAGCAAAGGAAGAACUCUCUAAUAUCUCUGAGGAAAUCACUACUUUGUCAAGUACAGUUGAGGAGAAAGCAAAGUGGAUUUUCAACAAACUCAAAGGGUCACCACCAAAAACCUUGCCAGAUCUCCUCCGAGAGUACAACUUACCCCCAGGACUCUUUCCUCAGAACAUAACCUGUUACGAAUUUGAUGAAACAAAGGCGAGGCUGAUCGUGUAUUUGCCAUCACCGUGCGAAGUUAGCUUCAAGGAUUCAUCUGUAAUAAGGUAUGCAAACCGAGUGAAAGCGAUACUGCUAAGGGGAAAGCUAACAGGAAUUGAGGGAAUGAAAACAAAGGUGCUAGUUUGGGUUAAGGUCACUUGUGUGGCAGUUGAAAGUUCCAAAUCCGAUAAGGUAUGGUUCACUGCUGGAGUCAAGAAAUCUAGGUCCAAGGAUGCUUAUCUAGUUGCCAGUAAUGGUGUUAGGAUAGAAGAUUUCUGACUCUUAAGAAAGAUAAAAGAUAGUAGUUUUUGUUUUAGGUGCUAACUAUUUGUUGGUGUCAUCAACUUGGCUACAUAUAAUACCAAAAUUAUCAAAUUUGUUUUGGUGUUUGUUUUUUUUUACUUUUGUUUAGCAAUUAAUGUCAAAAGCUUCUUGUUA